AGGAAGACUCAAUCAGUUCGUCACUAAUUACCUUCAUCAUUAUCCAAUCACGUCUUUAUACUCCUGUAUAAAAGAUCGUACUUACACAUGUUUGAGUUCGCAGAUGCCAACGCGACAACAACCGCAGAUUCCGACGCGAUUGUACUUGCUCAAGCUGUUGUGUUUAUUCAUCUACUUGCUGUAAUUAAGUUCGUGCCCCGCAAACUAUCUAGAGUUCGACGUUCCUCUAAGAUGCACACGGGAUCGUUGGCUUAGCUCUGUGUCGCGGUGAUUAUCUGCAGUCGUUUGUGUUGGAUUAUUUACAAGCUUUUCUCGGCAGAGGAUGUGAACAUUGGCGGAGUUCCGUGUGCUUCCAGGCCAGGGUUGCCAGGUUCUCAAAACCACCAGUUACUACUAUUAAUUAAAAAAAAAAAAAAAAAAAAAAAAAAAAAAAAAAAAAAAAAAAAUAGCCCAAUCGCGUUCAAAAGGGAUUUAUCGGUAGAAUUCACAUUCUAGGGGCUAUAUAUAACACUAUUGGGGUCACCUCAAACCCAGGACAGAAAAGGCAACCCACAAAAAAAAAAAAAAAAAAAAAAAUACGGUCUUGGCAACGCUGGUGCUUUCCGAGAUGUCGCGUCAGUGCUGCUUGGGUCUCAACACCUGAAAAGACUUCGGUCUCAAUCAACAAAUAUUCAUCUGUACGCUCACGUGAACCUGCAGCAAUGAAGUUUCUCCGGACCAGCAGACAGAAUUAAGGCUGCCAGUCUCUUCGGCAUCUCGCCUCCAUCACUUCACAAGUCUACAGCAUUAUAAGUAUCAUUUUGUUCUAUGCACUUGCGGCGCCUGGGCAUUAAUUUAUUCUCUGCAAGGAUUUAUACUUGCACGUUCAAAUAAAACACUGGGCGUUUCGCUUGUUUAUUGACUUGCACAGCAUAAUUAAGAUGUUGAUCAUAGUGCAUGCAAUUUUCAGAAUUUCUUCGUAAUGAGGCACUUUAAGGCUCAUCAUAAACGCUACAAUCUUUAUACUGAUAAAGAUUUUUCGCAUUUCUUAAAAAAAAAAAAAAAAAAAAAAAAAAAAAAGCUCUGUCUAGCACACUUGAGAUUCGCUGUUUUAAUCCUAUGUUUUAAUAUUUGCUUAUUCAGUCUUUCAUUUGCGUUAUUCCUGAAAGUUCAUACUCUAAUGGGAUUCUAUGGUUGCAGAUGCAGGGAAUCGCUGCUUUCACCUCAUCUUUACAUGGCUUACUCUUGGGCUAGCGAAUCAUGAACACCGGAUCUACCAAGCUGAUGCGUAUAUGGACCCUUCUUUUGAGUCGUAGGUAAGAUUCGGCUCAAUGCUCCGUCAGCUGGCAUAUAACUCCACGUGACACGAGUUGCUGCUGACCUUAUUUCAGAGUAGUGACAUAUCUCCAGUUUAAACCGAAUAUUAAUUAGCAGGCAUGGUUUGUUUGCACUCCUGGUCUUCGUCUCAAGGCGCGGUCGCACUUGACUUUAAACAUGCGAAAUUAUUUCGAACGCCACUGCGAAUAUGGGCGGGAACAAGAUAAAACAGUCUCCCCUCAAUUAUUACAAGAUGGAUUAUUAUGUUUGCUAGCACUGUGUCUUUUGCAACGGCGUCGGAAGCGUUUUAUUAUAUUGUAACGUUACUCUGUAUCUCUCUAUAAAUAUAUACACCCUAAGGGGAGGAGGGGGAGAAGAAAGAAAGAGAGAGGAAAAAAAAAAAAAAAAAAAAAAAAUAUAUAUAUAUAUAUAUAAAACGUUGUCAUUCCAAUGUAUCACCUGUUCCCGUCGACACUACAAACCAUGCAGCUUUUCUUUUAUAAAUCUUUUAAUGUAUUAUAAACUAGGACGCUGUGCAACAGCUAAAGUAUAUAGCGCUUCCUUUUUGAAUUUUUGUACAGAGGCCAUGCAGCAAUGUAUCGCUCUUCUACUGGUCCACAUCCUCACGUUAUGCAAAUUCCCUGGUCAGAGUUCACCAAACUUGAACUUUGGAACGCAGCGAAAUGCAAAAUUUUUCGCAUAAGCUUGCGUUUCCGGUCCGACGCAUUCGCAUGCGUAUGAAUGGAAGUCAAUGGAGAGAAAAGUGCAGUGUGACCGCCCAUCACUCAUAACUAACUAACGGCCGGAGGGGCGUGUUAAGUAGGUUCUGCUCAUGCUAUCAAACUGACGUCAUCAGAAAAUUAUUCGUUACAGGGUGGAAAUAUUCAGAAUUUGAUAAGAUUGCUAAGACAAACAAUGUUUAAUUGUUUACAUCAAGAUUAGCUAUGUGUGCUAGUAAGUCAAUUCGAUUUAUGCGUAUUUUAAACUUAACCUCUGAUACCUCAACUUAAUAUUAUAAAAAAAAAUAAAAAAAAAAUAAAAAAAAAAUAAAAUAAAAUAAAAAAAUUGGGGAGUGACAGUUAAGGGGUUAAGCUACAAUCAAGGCUUGUUUAUAUUCGCGCAUCUACUGGUGUUGGUUCAUCACUCUUACUCGGCUGUUGCGGCUUUCACUUUACACUUUUAAACUUUCAGACAGCUGUGCCCUCAGCCAACCCGGAUUCUUCAGUCUGCCCUCCGUUAGCAGACAUAAUACUAAACGAAGUGCUACGUCAGUUGGAAAAGGCGUCGCUCCCUCUACAAUCAAGCCUACACGUUUGCAUGGUCCGCUUCUAAUGUUUUUCCUUCCAAUUUUUUGCGUUCCUAUUCUAAUUUCGACCGUUGCUCCUUUCUUGUUAAAAAAAAAAAAAAAAAAUCGCAAUCUUAAUUUCUCUAUUCGCAGACUCUUUGCCAGCAUCUAAUCCACGCUAAAUUUUAUUAUCAAAUUUUCAAGCCUUUUGGUUAUUCAGUUCGAUUACUACUUGAGGGGUUAGCUAAAUCUUCCAACAAAUUAAAGACCAAUGUCUGCCUAUUACCCUGCCCAUAUUGCAAAAUGAAUUACUUCCAUCUGCUACGGCCUUCCUUCAAAGUACCUCAAUAUUCUUCUGGAGGCAGUGUUUAUCUGCUUUCUACAGGUUAUGCUUCCAGGGGAAUUCACUUCAAACCAAUCAAUUUGAUCCUGCUCGCGGCAUUUCCUUCAGAUCUAUGAUUCGGACCAAAAUUCUUCACACUCUCCUCAAGCACUCAAAACCGAUGCGCAAGGUUCUGGUGUCACCUUAACAAUUCUAAAAUCAAUAAUCCUGUCCCUUCUCUGCAUGGUGAAAUUUCUUAAAAAUCCGACCUAGAAUUUCUAAAACGCACCAGCUCUAUUUUUCCUAACGGAGCCCCCUUUCCAAGGCUGUUUAGAACUCACUUAACCACUGUUCUCAAAGCUGCAGUCUAUCUACUGGCCAUUCAUUCAGAAUUGGGGCAGCUACUUCAGCAGCUGAAUGAGGGAUCUCUACAUCAGCUGUUAAGAUCAUGGGCAGAUGGUCUUCCUAAGCAUUUGAAUCAUACAUCAGACCUGAUUCAAAACCAUUAUUGAAGCUCAGCAAGCUCUCCUGUAACUAAUCAGGUAAAUUCAUGCAAUUACUGGUGGUGGUGUUACUAUAUCUGUAUGGUCUUUCAAGGCCUGUCUGUGUCUGGCCUAUCGUGGCUAUUUCUGUACGGUCUAUCGAGACCUGUCCGUGUCCGGCUAUCAUGGCUAUUUUUCUGUAUGGUCUAUCAAGGCCUGUCCCAUGUCUGCCUAUUGUGGCUAUCUGUGUCUGGCCUAUCGUGGCUAUUUCUGUACGGUCUAUCGAGACCUGUCCGUGUCCGGCUAUCAUGGCUAUUUUUCUGUAUGGUCUAUCAAGGCCUGUCCCAUGUCUGCCUAUUGUGGCUAUCUGUGUCUGGCCUAUCGUGGCUAUUUCUGUACGGUCUAUCGAGACCUGUCCGUGUCCGGCUAUCAUGGCUAUUUUUCUGUACGGUCUAUCAAGGCCUGUCCCAUGUCUGCCUAUUGUGGCUAUCUGUGUCUGGCCUAUCCUGGCUAUUUCUGUACGGUCUAUCGAGGCCUAUCUGUGUCUGGCUAUAAUGGCUAUUUCUGUACGGCCUAUCGAGGCUUGUCCGUGUCUGCCUAUCGUGGCUGUCUGUGUCUGGCCUAUCGUGGCUAUUUCUGUACGGCCUAUCAAGGCCUGUCCGUGUCCGGCCAUCAUGGCUAUUUUUCUGUAUGGUCUAUUGAGGCCUGUCCUGUGUCUGCCUAUUGUGGCUAUUUCUGUACGGCCUAUUGAGGCCUGUCUGCGUCUGCCAUUGUGGCUGUCUGCGUCUGGCCUAUCGUGGCUAUUUAUGUACGGCCUAUCGAGGCCUGUCUUGCGUCUGCCUAUCGUGGCUGUCUGCGUCUGGCCUAUUGUGGCUAUUUAUGUACGGUCUAUCGAGGCCUGUCUGUGUUGGCUAUCAUGGCUAUUUCUGUACGGUCUAUCGAGGCCUGUCCUUGUCUGCCUAUCGUGGCUGUCUGCGUCUGGCCUAUUGUGGCUAUUUCCGUUGGUCUAUCGAGGCCUGUCCGUGUCUGGCUAUCAUGGCUAUUUUUCUGUAUGGUCUAUCAAGGCCUAUCUGUGUCUGGCCAUCAUGGCUAUUUCUGUACGGUCUAUCAAGGCCUGUCUGCGUCUGCCUAUUGUGGCUGUCUGUGUCUGGCCUAUCGUGGCUAUUUAUGUAUGGUCUAUCGAGGCCUGUCUGUGUCUGGCUAUCAUGGCUAUUUUUCUGUACGGUCUAUCGAGGCUGUCUGUGCUCUGCCUAUCAUGGCUAUUCUGUAUGGUCUAUCGAGGCCUGUCUGCGUCUGCCUAUCGUGGCUGUCUGCGUCUGGCCUAUCGUGGCUAUUUCUGUUGGUCUAUUGAGGCCUGUCUGUGUCUGCCUAUCGUGGCUGUCUGCGUGAGGCCUAUCGUGGCUAUUUAUGUUGGUCUAUCGGGGCCUGUCUGUGUCUGCCUAUCGUGGCUGUCUGCGUCUGGCCUAUCGGGCUAUUUAUGUUCGGCCAAUUGGGGCCUGUCCGCGUUUGCCUAUCGUGGCUGUCUGCGUCUGGCCUAUCGUGGCUAUUUAUGUUCGGCCUAUCGAGGCCUGUCCGUGUCUGCCUAUCGUGGCUAUUUCUGUUGGUCUAUCGAGGCCUGUCGGUGUCUGCCUAUCGUGGCAUUUCUGUUGGUCUAUCGAGGCCUGUCUGUGUCUGCCUAUCGUGGCUAUUUCUGUUGGUCUAUCGAGGCCUGUCUGUGUCUGCCUAUCGUGGCUAUUUCUGUUGGUCUAUCGAGGCCUGUCUGUGUCUGCCUAUCGUGGCUAUUUCUGUUGGUCUAUCGAGGCCUGUCUGUGUCUGCCUAUCGUGGCUAUUUCUGUUGGUCUAACGAGGCCUGUCCGUGCCUGCCUAUCAUGGCUGUCUGUGUCCUGCCUAUCGUUGCUGUCUGUGUCUGGCCUAUUUCUGUAAAAUUUAAGAAGUUUAAUCUAACGUCAUUAUACUGGUCAUGCUAACUCUCUUUCUAUUUCUUCCAGGAACCUUAGGAUUCUCAACUGGUGGGUAUACUUCAUCUACUUUUUUUUUGGGGGGAAGGCUGGCCCCGUCUGGAGGUCUCGUAAUCCACCUAAUUUUGGGGGUCUGCUGCGCCCCUGCCUUCGUCUUCAGGCAGGAAAUGCAGAUUCGCUACCCUCGGAUUACGAACCAUGGACGGGGCCUUCCGCCAAAGAAAUUUAUAAUUGUGCUCGCUGAGCUGUCAAUAAAUGUAUGCUUCGUACAUUCUUCUAUCUCCCGAGUCUUUUUGGUAGAAAUGGAAGCUUUAGCCUAAGUUCUGCCAGGAAGACUCAAUCAGUUCGUCACUAAUUACCUUCAUCAUUAUCCAAUCACGUCUUUAUACUCCUGUAUAAAAGAUCGUACUUACACAUGUUUGAGUUCGCAGAUGCCAACGCGACAACAACCUCCACCCUCCCCACCACCACCAGGAUGGUCCUGUCCUUACCUUCCAGGGGGGGGUCUGCUGCGCCCCUGCCUUCGUCUUCAGGCAGGAAAUGCAGAUUCGCUACCCUCGGAUUACGAACCAUGGACGGGGCCUUCCGCCAAAGAAAUUUAUAAUUGUGCUCGCUGAGCUGUCAAUAAAUGUAUGCUUCGUACAUUC